UUAGACUUGGAGGCAGUCGGAAAGUGUAGGUUAGAUUGCGCGAUUCUCGACCGUCACUACCGCUGUUAAAGGAACCUAAUCAUCCUCUUAAGUCAACUUAAGUGUCCCAACUAUUAAUCUCACGGAAGUAAAUCCGUAAGUGUCACCCCAUACACAUAACAAGAGAAUUAUGCGAAAUUCGUGACAUUCGAGAAGUUGGCACGAACGAUGCACUGCAUCGUUUUCGCCACGUGAAAAUCUUUUUAUCGUGCGUACGCUGGUAAUUAGUAUAUACACAUCCAUUUGCAUCUCGUGUAAAUUUCGACACUUUGCGACUCACUUCUCCUGUUUGCGCUCGAAGAAACUAAAUACCUAGCGAGACAAAAAAGUCUACCGGCGUAUUACGAUGUGCUCAUUUCACACGUUUUAAAGAGAUCUAUAUAUUGCGUUAUACUUACGUCUCGAAGAUCCUUUUGUCAUUAACGAUCUCAAAAAAUAGACAAUGUGACAAUAUCUGGGAAGAGUAUAUAGAAAAUUGUGAAGUUCAAAAGAAGAACUGAGGCGUGAAAAAUUAAGAGGACAAUCUGGUUCUUUGGUUUCAUUCCAAUCUUAAGUAGUACUAUUCUUCAGUCCAAAAAAUACAUCUAAAUGUGUUCCAUAGCGAUGCCUGCUGAGCUACUUCUGGGGCAUAGUCCUCCAGUGUACAGCUCGCUUCUGUACAGUCCCUUGGUAGCACCGACGAUUGCCAGCAGAUCGGUGCCACCUAGAAUAAGGCCAUGCUUGUCAUCUGGUUCCUUGGCCAUAGAUAGCAUUCGCAACAGCAACGAUGGCGGUAGUAAUAAGCAGAAGAAGAGGGUAGUGUUUGCUGAUGAUCGUGGCCGUCCUCUUACUCAGGUUCGGGUGAUGUCGGAGCCCAGCAACGUACCUCCUCUGUGGAGUACCACUUACCUGGCUGGACUAACUGGACGAUUUUUAAAUUCGAAAAUUGAGAAUGAUCAAUUUACAGAACUCGUGUCACCUUGGCAAGUAACUUUCCCCCAGCCAGCUAGCGAUUACCUCGCCUUUCGCCAGAAACUUGAUCAGGAGAAUGUCAGCCUGGAAAACGUGAUAGUGAAAGAAACAGAUCAGUGUCUAGUGGGUACCAUCAAGGUACGUAAUCUGGCGUAUGACAAGGAAGUCGUGGUCAGGGCGAGCAAUGACUCCUGGAAGACACACGAGGACGUUCAUUGCACCUACGUCGAACAACCUGGUUCGCCCGCGCUGAUCUUAUACGACACUUUCCGCUUUCGAUUAACUCUACCGUUAAAAUCGAAUAUGAUAGAGUUCUGUGUACGAUAUCGUACUGAUGGAAAGGAAUACUGGGACAACAACGAUGGAAAGAACUUCAUCGUCCGCAAAAAAUUGGAGCCACGAGCACCUGCCAAACGGUACGAUAUCCUGACGACAACCUGCGAGGGCUUCUCGAGCAACGGCAUGCGAGACAGCAUAUCUCGAAUCACAGACGCGACUAGGGUGAACGUGCGUACGUGGAGUGAGUUCGCGUCCUGGCAGCAUCUCGCGAACGACGCUCCAUACUGGUGAAUUUUCGUCACUGGUCACAAACGAUGUACGAAAGUCGUACGAAUUCUUCCAGUCUGCUUGGUUUAAUGAUCACGAGACGCAGAUCAUGCGAGACGAGGGGGAAAAACGCAUGUAACACACGUGACAUACACAAAACGAUCGUACGAAUUACGUGUCUAUCUAUAUGAGAGCGCGUAGUAUACACGAGCACCAGGAACAAGAGAACGGAGAAGAGAACAAUGGUAAAAGGAGGGAAGCGAUGGACUACAAUUGAGAUCAAAUUGUGGAAGGACAUGCUUGCAUAGAAGGGAGAGAAUCGGAGGUUGAUAGCGCGGAACAAGCGAGAAAGGAGGCACUAGUCGCAUUACAUAUAUGGGAAGCAAGAUCAGAAACACAGUCAGUUCUGUAAGCUCGAAAUCUACUUGUUAUUAAUGAAGAUACAGAAGAUAGAUAAUAGACCAAUUGAUUAGCGAUAAACAAUAGAUCGAUUCAUUGACAAUUUAUUAAUACCAGAAGAUAACGUGAAACUUUCGCAAAGUCACGUUGAGAGAACAAGUAUUGCAACGUGCAGAACAGACAAUACAUAGAAACACACAGAAUAACCGUGCGAGAGAGACAAUUCAUAGGCUAAGUGUUUGCCGAACGUAUUCGAAGAUCAGGAAUCAAGAUAUGAUGGAUGUUCGUUCCAAAGUUUCCCCAAGCUCUGUAUCAAUUUGGAGAUCGUCAAUACGUCUUCUUCACGAUCGUCAUCUUCCUUCUCCUCCUCUUCCUCUUUCCUGGAACUUGGCUACCAUCAGCCGAGGAUGUCCGUCAAGAUAAGUUUCCACCUUCGAGUUGACCAAAUCUCGCUGGUCUCGUCCGUUCCUCUUUCUCUCUUAGUAACCACUCCCUUUUCGCGUAUCCUUUCUUAUUUUCUCUCUAACUUUUUUCUGUAUAAUACUCUCGUUUCUUUGAACUCACAUCAAUUGUUGUACGAAUUUACGAGAUUCUUUUAUUGAGGUUUUUCUCUUUAGUUGGGGUGAAUCGAGGGGCUUUAAAUAAGUAACGCAAGAUAUAACGAAGAGCGUAGCUUAGAAAAAGGAUGAUAAGUUCUAAGAAAUUAAAAAGACGAAACUAGAUGCGCGUUUAGCGGUUUUGAGUGGAAUGUUGGUCACAAUCGUGCGCGCUAUCUUGAACAGUCGAUACGCAAUAGUUUUCUUAUACUGUUUGUCUCGAAACUUCUAUUCGAAAUUAACGUUAUUAUUUUUCUGUGGAAAAGUUUCGAUAUCGCGUGAUACGUUCCAAUCCUAACCGCUUAAUAUGGGAAAGUAACUAUGAAGAAAUAGUAAUUUGCGCGAGCGCAACUCCAAAGUUGACCAGUUCUAGAUCGUUGUCAUAGCAUACGUAAGAGCGUAAUUUCGAGAAAGAGAAAAAGAUCAGUUGCUUCUUUUCUGAUCCGGGAAUGAUAUUUUUUCUUUAUUGUUUGACCGGUGCUAGCUACUGUCUCUUUAUCUCUACUCUCAUUUUUAUUGGAACGAUUCAUGAUAAUAACUAUAAAGAGACCAAAGUUACGCAACCUUGUUCGUAUUAAUCCUGUAUUGCUUGUUAUCGUUCGAUAAAUUGGUAUCAGUUACCACGCGUAUAGAAUACUCUCGUAACGUGUCGCGCCUUCUGCACGACAAAUUACCCAACGAUUAGCACGUCGAUACUCGUAUAUAUUCUUUCCUUAUAAAAUAUCUUUAAUCCCAUAUACAUAUACGUUUUCGUGUAAUUGUGUAUAUGUCUUUAUAUAUCUAUAGGUUCUUUUUUAUCUUCUUGUACUCUUGUUGGGACGCUGUUGAUAUUCAAUCGUACGUUUCACGAACAUUUAAAGAAUAAUAUCGCAAGCAAAUUUUAUGUUUCAAGACACGAAACUCAAUUAAAAAAUUCUGAUCUCGACAAUUUUGUGAUGUAUGCGCCAUUGCGAAAGCAUAAAUGCGUCCUUACAAUUGGAAUCGAAGCUGUUACUCGCGUAUACGUGCAUAUAUAAAGUACAGUUACAGAAAAAAAGGAAAGAAUUCGUCUGGAGGCAAUAUACGACUAAAGAUAUAUUAUUCCGUUCGUGUAGGUCUAUGGCAUGGUUUGAUAUCGAGAAAAACAUGUAUGUUCCAUGAAUCGCGCCCCGCAUCAAUGUUUCUUCACCUGGCUCUCAGAACGAAUUCUUUUCGCGCACGUGUAACCUUACACUCAGCUACGAAAUUCAAUCUAUAUUCUUUCUUACUUUCUUCUCUAUUAUUUUUCAUGAAGUACAAAUCAAUAGACUAUAUUAUUAUUAUUACCGAUACCAUCAUUGCUAUCUCUACUAUUAGGCACAUAUAUCGUUAUUACGAUCGCAUGACAACAAACAUAUAUACAUAUAUAUAUAUAUAUAUAUAUAUAUACAUCAUAUGCAUGCCAACGUAACACAUAUGCACUACGUACGACUGGUUCGUGCGUAGGAAAGAAAAACAAAACAUAAUUUGCAAUCUUUUUGAUUUUUAUGCCCCGAGCAUAACACCCAGAGAAACAAGUAUUCAGGAAACGAGAUUUUCUUUGCAGGGACGUCGCGUGGCAUGAUGAUGACAGUACAUCUUCUUCAGUUCGUGCGAAGAGACGGACUGUGGGAUUGGACGAUCGUGAAAUCGCAAAGAGUGAGGCCGUCGAGUUUGUAGAAUAACGUUGCGUGCAAUUAGAAAUACCUCUGACAAACUGGCAACUACAGGCUUUAAUCCAACUUGCACGUGAUGAUCAUCUUUUAGUCGAUUUCUUCCUGGCUAUCGACAUCGACCUCCCCCUUCCGCAGGACUGGACGGCCUCUUCGUUCUCGAUAUCGCCUUCCAUAUGGAGCACAAUGGUGUCGGAGUGUUUUAUUAGACAUUAUAUAUCAGAUCUUGACAAUGAUUAUUGUUCUUCAAACACAUAUUCUUCUGUUGUUUAUCCUUUUCUCUUAACGUCGUUAUAAUAUCCUCUUCACUUCUUCAUGUAUCUGGGUCGCGUGACUCUUUGAGGUUUUAUCGUUUGCCUUCGUAUUAGGUCCUUAAUAUACACUUACAAGUUGUACCUUGUAUUUUCUGAUACAUAUAUAUAUAGAGAGAGAGAUUUUUUAUAUUUGUUAAUUUUUCCUAGAGUUUUAAAUGAUUGGUUGUGAAUGUAUAGUAUGAAACGAUUCCUAAAGAGUCGGUGACUUCUUUGUGAACAUUUUUCUCUUUUUUCUUUUUUUUUUAUUAGUAACAUAGUUAAUGAUCGAUCUAUAGGAGGGCAACCAGAAACGAUGACUGGAGACGAAUCUUCCGUAUAUGUGAUAUAAAAAAGAAAAUCAUGGAUAGGAUGCCAUUGUAAAAAUGUAUGUUUGCAGAUCUACUUGUGCCCAAAGUGUUCACUGACGAAACGAUUCCUUUUUGUACUUAACUGAUCGGUCACAAAUUCGUCUUGUCUGAUAUGAUACUCACUUUAUUGACACGUUUUUUUUAUUUUCUGUAAGCAGAAAUUACGGCAAAUAGGCUGCCAGCAAGUAAAAUCCACUAGAAAGGCAAGAACAUCUCUUUUCUACUUUGUAAUAAGAAGCAACUCUUCAUAGCUCUCGACAAUCUGUGUUUUAUGCAUAUAAACAAAAUUCACUACUUUUAUUUAAUCAUUAAUCUAGUAUUUUGUUAAUUCCAGUGAAGCAAAGGGAAAAUUAAGCACAGACUACUUAUACAUUACUGUUCCUCGUUGUACCUGUAACCCCUCAAGAAUUAGCCCCCUCCCUUAACUCUUCUUUUUGUACUAUAUCUUGUACUUGAUUCAUUCCAGAUAUUGUACAUAAACGAUUGCCAAUUAAUAAAAAUUAAGUCACGGAAGAAUAUAUCGAACGACUGAAUAUAGGAAAAUCGAUGAAGGUGAAGUUUUUUUUCACAUAUACAUAUAAUAUAUAAAUAAUUAUAUGUUAAGUUUUAUGCAGCUAUAUUAAAUGGGAUUAAACCAAGCAAAAUACAUUUACCAAUACUCUACAGAGUGCAGUUAGAGCUUUUCCCGUUUUCUGUAUAUAUAUUUAUUGAACGAUCGCUAUAUUACAUAUGUAUGAAUAGUAACACAGAGAUAAAGCUCAGUGAGUUCGACGAACCGUGAUGAUACACCGUGUUUAAUUCGCGUUUAGUCCGAUAGAGCUCAGAAGAAUGUCGCGAGGAUAUCUCUGUCGCAAUCAAAUUGUAUAGGCGUUCGCGUUUGCGUUUGCGUAUUGCGUUCAUAUUUCAUGAAAAUUGCAACUUCUUUCAUGGGAGCACUCUCAUAGCCUGAUGUAAUUUAAGCUCGUAUAAUUUUCUUUCAUAAACUGUCGGUACAAACGAAUUCUGUUUCAGCGUUCGUGUACCUGAUCUUCGAGUACUCCUGUGAAAGAACUUGAAGAAGUGUCCUUCGUCUACGUAAAUAAGCUUUUAUUGCUUAAAUUCUUACCAUAGUUAAAACUCUAAAUUGAGUUUUUAACUAUGCUAGAAAGUUAAUAUUACGAAAAAGUAUCCAUGAAUAAAUAGAAAGUUCACGUUUCAACACGCUAAUGCAUUCGACCCACUAGAUACAUCAAUUGCCAAGAUAUAUAUAUAAACCAGAGUUAUCCUAGCAACAUUACAUUAUAGUGUAAUUAAUUUAUAUUAAAUAUCGCGCAUACGGUUGUCCGUUUUUGAUGAAAAGUGUAUAGAACUGGUUAAAACUCGUUCUACCUACCGCACCGUCUCAAAAUUAGUUAUAUACACGUACAUUAUAAGGGAAAUGAUUAAGGAAUGCAUGCAUGUGAAACAUAUACGCUGUAACAUAUAGAAAAAAUGUACAAUUUCCUCUUGAGAGCCGUAAGACUGAUAACUUAACACGGAUACACAGAGACUGUACAUAUAAUAAUUUUUGCAAGACACAGGUUUGAGUUUCGAUACAAUUUGCAGUGCAGAUAUGCGAUGCGCUUCUUGCAAUCUAUAUAUAUAUACACAUAGAUCCUAUGUACACAAGCUGUUUGUUUUUCAUGGAUAACGCGUAAACCGGUUGGACGAUAAUUUUUUCGAAACUCUCCUCUCUGUCGCGGUAGAUGUAGCGUUGAGUUCGCUUAUGAAAAUUUGUUCAAACUUUUAUAUAUAUAUAUUAUUCUUUUGCGUUGGAUAUGAACAUGAUAUAGUGUGCAGCGUAUCAUUAUAUAUGUAAUUAUUCUCAAACGCUAUAUCACAUUAUAUCUUUGUUUCGUUUCGUUUAGAUAGGAUAUAUGUUCCUCUUUUAGUUUAUUUUAUUAAUAUUUGGUAUUCGUAACUCGAAAUUAGAUUUUUAUCGCGUAUUGUUAUUAUUAUGGUUAUCGAUUAUUCGUUAAUAUUACUUUUAUUAUAAAUGAUUGAUGCCGUGACUGCGCAAAUUGACUAUGUGAAAAAAUGGACAUACUAGAUUUUUUAUUGUAUAGCAUAAGAUGCUUUAUAUAUACAUAUAUAUCAGAUACCGAAUUGUAAAUAUGCUAUCGUGUUAUGUAUAUGAAUACACGAUAUUUAGAAAUAAAAUAUUUUUAAGUCG